AGAUUUCUAGGAGAGCUGAAAAAGAAAGUGACCAACAAGGCACACGUUGAGGCUUCAAUUUGUCAAGCGUAUCUUCAACAAGAAAUCUCAACGUUCUCGUCUUUUUACUUCGAGCGUGACGUCAUCACCAGAAGGAAGAGACCUGCCCGGAAUGAUGACAUUGGCGAGGAUUUAUAUGAAAAUGUAGUUUCCAUCUUCAAUUACCCAGGCAGAGGUAAAUGUGUUGCGACACAACGAUACAUCCUGGGUGGGGAAUUGCAAAUUGCGCAUACUUAUAUCCUCAUGAAUUGUCCAGAAAUCUCACCGUUUUAUCAUGAAUUCCGAGCUUCUUUAUCAGCCUUUCCUGAGAAUGAAAUUGAUGCAUUGGUGGACUCUGAUUUUGUAAAUUGGUACAAGUAUCAGAUCAAUAGUCGUGGGAUUGUCGACCCUUUGUUAGUAUCAUUAGCGUGGGGCCCAAGUGCCAGUGCCAAAGUGUGGCGGCAAUAUGUGAUAAACGGUUACACAUAUCACACAGCCGAUUAUGGACAGGGCCGACCAACAACGAACAACGGGUUAUGUGUCCCGACCAUCGGUUAUGAUAACUCGGAAACCAAUUUUUUUGGUGUCCUGCAGGAGAUUCUGGAACUUGAGAUGCCUUCUGGUGCGCAAAAAUUGACAUGCGUUCUGUUCCGCUGCACAUGGGUCGAUCCCACACGUGGCGUGCGCAAAAAUCCGAAGUAUAAUAUGAUUGACGUCAACCACUCUCGUGUGUACCCGAAAAAUGAGCCUUUCAUACUCGCCCAACAAGCAGCGCAGAUUUAUUAUGCAGAAUAUCC